GGAUUUUAAUAAGCUGAAAUGAGGGGGCUCCACUUCAGACAUGAAGGACAAUUGGGGCCAAUGAAUGUUGUGUGCUAGAUGUUGUCUGUUGGAUGAAGUGUCUUAAACCAGAAGUCGAAGGAUGCGCAGUUUGGACGAGGCUGGGGAGGCUGAGGGGACCGAGGCAGAAGAGGCUGCUGGAUGCUGGUGGUGAUGGCUGCGGCCUGAAGAGGGGAGAAGAUAGGUCGGGAACCCACGGACCGACACAACUGACCGAUUGUGACUGACUGAGGAGGGCCAGUAGCUGCGGAGCGCCGCACCCUGCCCAUUCCUCAGGCGGACCGGGCCAUGGCGUCGGGGACCGUCUCCUCGCAGAAGCAGCACAGCACCCUGCUGCACCUCUUCGCCGGGGGGUUUGCGGGCACGUUUGGCGCUAUUUGUACGUCUCCUCUGGAGGUGCUUAAAACCAGACUUCAGUCCUCACGCCUAGCUAUACCCGAUCCCCCAACUUGGUGGUGGUUCUACUACAGAAGGAGAAAGAUCACAUCAACAUCCCGAUUACCGGAAGUCGUGAAGGUUCUGAAGUUGAUUCUGGAGAAGGAGGGAGUAAAGACACUUUUUCGCGGCUUCGGCCCUAACUUGAUCGGAGUAGCCCCUUCAAGGGCUGUAUACUUUGCCUGCUACUCCAAGGCCAAAGACCACCUGAAUGGCAUUUUCAUGCCUAACAGCUAUACUGUUCACAUUAUCUCCGCUGGCUCCGCGGGUUUUGUCACAAAUACCUUGAUGAAUCCUCUAUGGAUGAUCAAAAGUCGCAUGCAGUUAGGACUGCAAGAAAAGGGUUCCAAAGGGAUAAACACUGUCCAGUGUGCUCGUUACAUUUACCAGGAAAACGGCAUUUCUGGAUUCUAUAGAGGAUUAACUGCCUCAUAUUUUGGCAUUUUUGAGACGGUGAUAUGUUUUACUAUUUAUGAAAGAUUAAAGAAAUGGCUAACGGAGACCCCAUUAACCCUUUCUGCAAACGGGACUAACAAAAACAGUGCCAGCGCCAACUUUUUUAAAUAUAUGGCUGCUGCUGCUAUUGCCAGGAUGCUCGCCUCCUUCGUUGGUUAUCCCCAUGAAGUUUUGAGAACCCGGCUUCGGGAAGAGGGCAACAAGUAUAGGUCCUUCACUCAAACAGUCUACCUGAUAGCACAAGAAGAAGGCUUGCUAGGCUUCUACAGAGGACUCUGUGCUCAGCUCAUCUGGCAGGUGCCAAAUACUGGGAUUGUGUUGUCCACCUACGAGCUAAUUGUGUUAUUAUUGAAGGACUUUAAUGACUGACAUGCUGGAAAAUGCACUUUAGAAGAAUAAAACUGAAAAACUGCAUAUUUAAGAGACUGGUACAGGAAUGGUUGGAACGGCUCUGAGUCUUGUCCCCUGCUGGACUUUUCCUUUUGGAUUCAUACUUUCUGGAAGGCUUUCACUCAUUAAUACUAAUAGUUCAUUGCAA